AUGGAACAGCUCUUCAACCUCUUCACCGAUCUGAGCUCCAAGGAGUCCAAGCCACGCGGUGAGGUCCGCGCUUCCCCUCGCCAGCCAGAACCCGAUUCUGGAGAGCCCAGAGAGCCCAGAGAGACCAGAGAGUCCAGAGAGCCUAGAGAAUCUAGGGAUCCCAGGGACCCAUUCCGGGAUCCAAGACAUGCGGACGACAAUGUCAGCUUCCUGGACAACGCCAGCAUCCGGGACAACGCCAGCAUCCGGGAUAACGCCAGCAUCCGGGACAACACCAGCUUCCGGGACAACACCAGCUUCCGGGACAACGCCAGCUUUCGGGAUAACGCCAGCAUAAGGGACGUCCAAGGAACCUGGAGAGAGGGAACCACCUCUGGCCGAAGACCCAGGAGCACCCAUUCCGACAUCUACGAAGCCACCGAGCUCGGCCCACCGCCCUACCAAGAGAUCGCCGAGGCCCAUGCGCCACCGCCUGUCCACGACAUCAGCAAUGACGGUCUCCCAGCCACCCACCCUUCCGGCAUCUCACCGACAGAGCGCUGCGUCAAAGAUGCAAUCUCUGUGCCCAUAGAUUGGGUCAUCCACCCCUCGGCACCGCAUUUUGUGAUAUGUGGCCGGUGCUACGUCGAUCGCAUAUACGAAACCCAACAGUGGCGCCGUGACUUCAUCAAGUACAGACCCAGCACCGGCUUGUCGCUCAGGUGCCAUCUCGGCGCCAUCCCACACAUGGACAAGCGCUGGAGCAAAGUGCACACUGCCGAUGAGUUCCUCUCCUUCUUGAAAAUCAUGCAGCGUAAGAAGGUCCCCCAAUAUUGUCCUGGUGACGCCUUUCCCACUACUGGUGUGAGCUGGUUCUCGACACAGUCCAUACCAGGCAUGAGAAUAUGCCAGGAAUGCCGCCAGAAGCAUUUCGGUGGUACUCGCUUCUCCAAAUACUGGUCCCAUGAUGACACCCCUGGCCCCUCCAUUUGCCACGGGGCAUUCCACUACACUCAGCGUAUGGUGGAUGCACUUUUUGAGAAUGAUGACUGGGACCAUUUUUCAGAGCUGAUGCAGAUUCGUAUCCGAUUUUCCGGCUGCUCCCAACAGCGGAAGAAUGCCAACGGUGAUGAUGCCGAUGGUGGCUGGUGGUACAAGUAUACCAAGAGUCUGUCCAGAGACCUAUACAUCUGUGAAGCCUGCUACUUCGAUCAUGUCUAUAAAACAGACAUGGAAGGCUCUUUCACAUUGGGCGACAGGCUGCCCAUCAAACCGCAGUGCAUGGCUAGUCUCAAGGGUAACCAGACCUCGGAGACUGCAGACAUCGAAUACAAUCGUGCUGAGAUCAUGCGCCUCGUCCACGGCACAGACAGGCGGUGCUACGCCCAAGGUACCGUGGGGCUCAAGUGGUACACCACCCCGAACAACCCCCGUGGCUACGGCGUCUGUGAAGGAUGCUUCAUAGGAAAGAUCAAGCCCUUGGGUGGUGAAAAGUACUACAAGGUGAAGAACGACGUCGGGAAGAAGUCGUCAUUCGCUUGCUGGAUGAAUGCUUACCACCCCUUCUUUCGGCGCCAUGAAAAGCUGCUGACAGAGGGGCUGAUCUUGGGUGACCUGAGCCGCCUUGAGAGCACCAUCAUGCGGUUUAGCAGACUGCCGGGUUGCCAGCAGGGCGGCAUGGGCCAGGGCAAGAGCAAGCGCUGGUGGGGGUGGAAAUCGUUGCGCAUAUGCGCGGCAUGUGUCAAGGGGGGGCUUUUGGCAGAAACGCCGGCCGGGAAGAAAUUUGAAUUGCACGGGGAGAAGGACCCCUACCAUCGUUUCUGUGAUCUGCAUUCCAUGCAGCUCAGGGACCGGUUCCAUCACGACGAUGUGAACACGCUGCUAGAGUUUGCCAGGAGGAGGCAGGAGAUGCUUGCUUGA